AUGCACCACAAAAUUGUGGCCUUGGAUGCCUGGAAUGUCCCCAUCCCUGAAAGCCUGCUCCAGCUCCCCGCGCCGCACACCUACGAGCUCGCUUGCCAGACCAGCCAAUUAUCCUCCACCGAAGCCAUUCAAGAGGCGGUGCGGGACGCCACCAUCAUCGCCACCACGGUCACGCCGCUCAAAGGCUCGACUCUGGAUGUUCGCAACACGCCCAGCCUGGAGCUCAUCGUGGCCAUUGCGACCGGCACCGACUGCAUCGAUGUAGAGUUGGCCGCGGCGCGCGGCAUCAAAGUCGUCAACUGUCCCAAUGCCAACACAGAGACGGUGGCCAACCACGUCCUGGCCAUGUAUUUCGCGGGCCGGCGCCAUCUGAUGCAGCUGCACAAUACGGUGCUGCGGACUGAUGAAUGGCCCAAGAAAUAUUCCUUGAGGUCAAUUCUCAAUGACCCCGAGGGCAACCCACCGAGGACUUGCACAGACGAGACCGUGGGUGUGGUGGGCUAUGGGGCGAUUGGUGAGCGAAGACUGUCUUUUGGCGAUUCAUUUUCCAUUCUUUUUUUUGCUAACCGGGAUGGAAAAGGUCGUCGUAUUGCCGAGUUGUGCCGUUCCUUGGGGAUGAAAGUCCUCAUUGCCGCACGCAAAGGUGCAUCAGCAAGCGCCGACCGAGUGCCCUUUACCCAAGUUCUCGCCCAGAGCUCCGUCGUCGUGCUCUGCGUGCCGCGCGGCCCCGACACGCUUCAUCUCAUCUCCGCGCCAGAACUGCACGCCAUGCCGCGGCACGCGCUGCUGCUCAACGUCUCCCGCGGCGGCAUCGUCGACGAGGAGGCGCUGCUCGCCGCGCUGCGCGCCGGCACCAUUGGCGGCGCGGCCACGGACGUGUUCCUCCAAGAGCCGUCAGCCGCCGGGCCGUUUUGGAAAGAGGGCGACAGCAGCCCGCUGCUCAGGGUGGACGCGGCGGAGGCGGACAGGCUGAACCUGGUGGUGACGCCGCAUGUGGCGUGGUGCUCGACCACAACAUUUUCCAACUACUUGCAGGCGUUUAAGCGGCAUGUCGAGGAGUGGUGUGCGAAAGAUGAGAGACGAGAGUCGGCAAUAAACUAA